UCACCCUUUAUACGGUGGUACAACAGGCAUGGCAGCUUCAAAUUGGCGCUGUCACCCAGGAAAGGUGGGGCCUGCCAGCAGGAACUACCUUACUCCUUAUUCUCCUCCUCCGCCUUGUCCUGGCCAGCCAGCUCUGGUCACCGCAGAGGUACAAUCGAGGAUGUGGUGACCUCAGACCUGGAAGGUUUGGGCUUUCACAUCAACACAAUUUCAACUAUUAAAAAUAUUCUUUGAUUAAGAAAUAUAGGUCAAGAACCAGCCAUCAAAUCUAUGCUCUGUAAAAUCAGACAUGAGAUGAUUAACGGAGUCAUUAAAGACAUAAAUAAGGCUGUGGUGAGGAAGUAUAAGAUCUUUAAUCACCCUUUGAAAUCUAUGAAGCCAGCCAUGAGAAAUCUCUACCACAGGUUCCUGAAGAAGAGGAUACAAAAG